AUGGGCACGCGAUUGUCGGUAUCGUUCGAGGACAAGGAGGUGCUGCCGCGCACCGAUCGGCCGCCGACGUUCGACCCACUCUACGGUUUCCCGAAGGGUCGAAAGCCGCGUGAGAUGAAAGCAAGCUGGGAAGAGAUGGAUCGCUGGAAGCUCGAGCUCGGCGACCGCGACUACUGCGCUCAUCUGCUUAUCGCUCUCAAAAAAUGCCAGGUUUUUUUUGGUGCUUUUAUCAGAUUUUUUCUGUGCGAACAGGAACAAGCCAGGCGCAUGCCGAUAUUCAUCAACCACAUUUUUUGUGCUUUUAUGGUUUAUUAA